AUGGCCGUCUCGAUUACCGCCCGCAGCGCUGUGUCCGAAGAUGAGAUCAAUCUAUCCAGCACAAUGCCUCGCCUGACAACCAUGUCCGUAACUGAGGACCAUUUAGCGCAAAGCUCAACUUGGAAAUCCACCAUCAUCGUGGCCGCCUCCUUUGUCAUCAUCUUCACCUGCUGUGGUCUCAACUUCGCCUGGGGUGUUUAUCAAGCCCUGUACGAGAGUCUGGCACGAAAGCCCGGAACACCUUUCACCGGAGCAUCCCCGGCAGAGAUCGAUCUGAUCGGUACUAUUUCCGUCUCCCUCAUGACCAUCGGAGGUCCUUUCGCGGUCGCUUGGGCCAAGCGCUUCUCGCCUCGCAUGGUAUCCUUUGCGGGCGGCUUUGUCUUUGGGCUUUCUCUCAUUUUAGCCAGCUUCGGCACAGCGUUGUGGCAUUUUGAGCUGACGCAAGGGUUGCUGAACGGAAUUGGUACCUGCUUGUGCUACAUGAUACCCGUCACCAUUGCCCCUACGUGGUUUACCCAUAACCGAGGUCUAGCAAUGGGCAUCAUCUUAUCAGGCACUGGUGUGGGCGGUCUGGUGUGGGCGCCCGCGUUGAAUGCAUGCGUUAAAGCCCUCGGAUUUCGCAACACCCUGCGUCUGACGGGUGGUCUGUCGUUCGCGCUGGUCGCAAUCGCCAGUGGUGCGAUGGCCUGGGAGCCAGCCAGCCAGCGUCGUAUCGCCAUCGAAAACGCCUCGAGGACAAGCCGUGCGGGUGGUAUUUUGAAAGUGCCACUGGUGGAUUGGCGCGUUGCCCGGACGCGUCGUUUCAUGGCUCAGGCCUUAGGGGCCAUCUUCCAGGCGGCUGCCUAUUACACUCCGGUCUUUUUCUAUGCCUCUUAUGCACAAUCCCUUGGAUACAGUAACACGGCCAGCUCGAACUUCAUUGCCCUCAGUAAUGCCUGUAACGCGGUGGGCAAGAUUGUCAUUGGCCAUGUCGCGGAUCGCCUUGGUCGGUUGAAUGCUCUUCUGCUCACCACCUGUCUCAGUGCCAUCGCUACUGUUGCCUUCUGGUUACCAUCCACAUUAACCGGUCAGACGACGCAAUCGCAGGGUCUGUUUAUCACUUUCACCAUUCUGUAUGGUACCUUUGCCAGUGCAUAUGUGUCUCUCUUCCCGACUAGUCUUGUCGAGCUAUUUGGGGUACAGAAUUUCGCCUCAGUCAACGGAGUUUUGUACAUGGUCCGUGGCAUGGCCACCAUGGUUGGUACCCCAGUUGGGGGUGUCUUGGUCAGAAGUGCGGCAAAUGCUCUCACUCCGAAGGCAUACGAGAACAUGUCGGUUCUGGUCAGUGCUCUUCUGUUUGCUGCCACAGCUGCAAUAGUCUGGGUGCGUUUGGAGGCAAUGAUUGGGCCUGAUGGACAUCUCCUUUGGAAAUGGCGACAGUAG